CCAUUCUAUAACUGUAGACUAAUAGCCACCGACGAUAACUUUAUUUGGGGGUAUAGCCGUGAAUUAUAGCCACUGACAGUAACGGCAUUUAUUGUUUGUGGGGAAACCCCUUUUUUACCCUGGGCAUGCCUAGCAGGUGAACACGUCCAAGGAUAUCUUUCUCACUGACCAGCCUGCAUAGAUCUACCACGGAAAUCUAAUAUAUGUCUGUUCACCAGAGGAUCUCAAUGGUUGUUCCCUGUGUCACGACCACUCAUCUGACAGAAGACAAAUUAGAUGAGAUUAUGGCUGUCCAGGCUGAUCAAAAUGACUUCACUAGUCACACUACAACUGAUUCUAAUGGACUGAACAUGAGUGUUAUUUUAAAGGAUGUGAUGGACAUGGAAAACGAAGUAGAAGAAAGGAAAAUUAGACAGGAGGCUGAGUUACGGGAUCCAUCAUCAUUUGAAGAUCUAAAGACGAAAUUCUCCAGUAGUAAACAUCAGGUGUAUCAUCAUACGGGUGUGAACCUCGAAUCAGAUGUCGACACCUCAGACCCACUGGACUCAGAAUGGGAAGCAAGCAUACAGAUGCGAAAUUGCGCAGACAUGGUUCAGACAAGAGAUGAUGAAUAUAAAAACAAAUUGCUGAGAAAUGCAAGGAAACAAAACCAAUCACAAGCUGUGCCUUGGACAUCAGAUCAUGCUGCUCCUUUGAAGGACAUAACACCUGUACAGGAACUUGGGAAGAGACAUAGAGUGACAGUGUUUGAGAAUGCAACAACCAAGUCACUAUUCGUGCAGAAACAGUACUUGGAAAAACCCAAUGAGAGAGAAAUUGAGGUUUUGAGAGCUAUGAAGCAUCGCAAUAUUCCUACCCUUUAUAAUACAGGGAUGCAGGGAAAUAGUACCAUUCUGCAGAUGGAGUACUGUGGUGAACCUCUGGCUAAGUAUGUUGAGAAGAACUUCAACAAGGGCAGGUAUGUUCCAGAAACAUUUAUGUGGAAUAUCCUGGAGCAAAUAAUGGAUCUGCUUAGAUUCCUUGAGUAUUCCAAAGUUGUGCAUCAGAACAUCUCGGCUGAGACAAUAUGCCUCCUACAUACACGGAAGGGACUGGUUGUGAAGCUGGUGGGGUUUGGAAAUGUGCUGACAUACCAGGAUCUUGUCCCACAGUCAGGGAUACAGAGUACAGCUGCACUCGGAGGGACAGUUCAGUACUGUGAGGCAGAUGAUCUGGCAAAAAGGACCCUAACUCUGUCAGGCAGAAGUCUUUUGGGGAUGCAGUGGUCUUCAGAGGCAUCACUGACAGAUGAUAUGGUCCCAUGGGCAGGGGCACAGAGGGGGAAGAGUUCCAGUGGUUCUGACAAGGCCUCGAGGCCGUCAUGUCAGGCAGACAUGGUUGCAUCUGGCAGGGUGGCCUUGUUUAUGGUGUAUGGACCUGGAGUUAAGGAUCUGAGUGACAAAUGUUUUCCAAACAGUAGUGAUUUGAAGGAUUUUGUCCUGAAGAUGGUUGAUUUAAAUCCUCAGACAGGAUUAAAACCAGCUGCAGGCCUGGACAUAAUUCAAAAGAAACUAUCGCAGGACGUGAUAGAGCUAUCGGACAGUGAUGAAGUUAUAGAGCUACCGGACAGUGAUGAAGCUAUAGAGCUGUCAGGCAGUGAUGAAGCUAUAGAGCUGUCAGGCAGUUGGGAAGGAGCUGUUGAACCUUCCACUAAUGAAGUCACUGCCUAUCCGACGAUUUCUGUCUCCACGCCACUUACGACACCAUUGCAGCAGGAAACAUUUUCCUUCCGGAAAAAUGGUGAUUCAAGGGAUCUACCGCUCAUCACUCCUCCAACGUACCAGCCUACAAGUAAAUCAAAUAUCCUUACUCCCUCCAGUCGUGUUGAACUUCAGGCCGCCAAUGCCAGCUCCUCCCUGGUUGGUACUGCAGGCACAGUAGGCAGCAGCAUUGAUCGUCCAGAUGAUGUUAUCUCCGUGAACCCUGGAUCAAGUUUGUACAAAGAGCCGGAUAAAGAGACACCACGAAAAGAUAUGACCCAAUCACAAGCUGAUAAAGGAACUCUUAACAAGCUCCGGUCACGUGUAACGUGGAACAAAGGAUCUAGAGACAAACCCUACAUUCGGCCUCAAACAAAGUUCACAAAUCUGCCUAACUUUGAAAAAUUAGAGUAGAAGUAACAAGGUGGAAUUCUAGAAAAUUGCUGAUAUGGUUUUGCCCACAGAUUUCUUGAAAAGAACCGAUAUGUGUACUGGCCUCCUGGGUUGGACAAGUAUAGAAGGAUAUAUAGAUACCAAAAAGUUAUUAUUUUUCGGUAGGAUAUGUAGAUUACAUAGUACGACACUCUCGUCUCGUAUACUAUUUACAAUAAUUUUUAUUGUAAAUCUGGAUGCAGAAAAUAAUGUCAGGUAUGGUUUUGCGUAUGAUAUCCCAAGGAUUCUAAGAAAAUAUAAUUUAUAUGAUCUGGUUCAGAAGUAUAUAAAUAAGGGAUGGUUUCCUCUUAAAACAUGUUGGAAAAUGCAGGUUAAAAAUGCUGUGCAUGGAUAUGAAGAAAAAGUAUGGUUAAAUAGGAUGUGUAACAAUACUGACUUCUUUAGGUUUGUUUUAAUUCAUGGCAAGUUAGUUCCACACCAGCUGUGGAAAUUAUGUAAAAAGUUCCCAGGAAAUAGAGAAGCUGUUAAUUAUUACAUAAUGAAAUUAAUUGUUACCAUGAGGUGGUUGGCUCAUAAUGAAUUAUGUCAUGAAUGUGGUCAGUUUUAUGAAGAUGUUGCCAUCCACAUAGUUCUGCAGUGUAGUUCUACUGACGAAUUAAGGGACGAAUUAUGGUGUAAUAUCAUUAAUAUUAGCGAUAUACUGUUCAGUGUAUAUUUGCACGACUUAAACGAAAGUCAAUUAUUUCAUGUUCUGAUCGGGGAGAAUUUUUCUUACAAUUUGUGUAACUCAGACCUAGAAGAGUUCCGUAUGACGUCUGUGAAACUAUUUUUUUUGAAUGAUAAUAUCAUAUUACAAAUGACACAUUUACUAUAUCUAUGCUGAUUAUUGUCAAAUAAUCAAAAGGGCCUGAUACUGCUAGCUUAAAUUAUAUACCCUAAUAUUUUAACAACAUAAAUUUAUUGUAAUAUAUAUGUAUAAUAAUUUUGAUAAUUGAUGUUUAAUUGAUGAUUGUAUUGCUCUAUCAUUAUAAUCUUCAUUCUGGAGGAAAUAAAGGAGUAUAUAGUUAGUUAUGUACACAUUAAAGUAACGAUACCCUUGUACUCUUUCAAUGUCCAUGUAUGUAUAUAUGUUGAUUAAUUCUU